GGGGAGUUAAGCAGGAUCCAAGAUGGCGGCGGCGGCGGCAGCGGCAGGGAGACUCAAGAUGGCAGCUCUUGCUUGGUUGGCUCUUUCCCUGGCUGUUGUCUCUGCUGUGGACAGAAGCAACUUCAAGACAUGCGACCAGAGCUCCUUUUGCAAGCGCCAGAGGAACGUGGAAGCUGGGAGUUCACCCUACAGGGCGCUGCUGGAGUCACUGCAGCUCAGCCAGGAUUCCAUGAAGAUCCAGCUCAUCAAUGAAGCAAACAAGGUCCCUCUCCUCCUCGAGCUCUAUGGCUUGAAAGGGAACAUGACCCGGAUCCGGAUCAAUGAGUUGAACCCGCUCAAGCCCCGCUAUGAGGUACCAGAUGUGUUAGUCCAGGACCCGCCCACUACCAGAUUAUCUGUCACAGGCCGGGACGAUAACAGCGUGGAGCUGUCCCUGGGCGAGGGGAACCACAAGCUGAUUCUGACGGCCAAGCCCUUCCGCAUGGACUUGCUGGAAGGGCGGGAGCUGGUGCUGAGCGUCAACUCCCGGGGGCUGCUUGUCUUUGAGCACCUGCGGCAGCGGAAGGACUCUUUCUCGGAUAAAGUUAGUAGCACGGUCGUUAGCAUUUGGGAUAGGAUCAAGAACCUUUUCUCUAGAGAACCACCAAAGGAACCAGCAUCAGAAGGGGAGGGGGCUUCUGAAGCCUCAGAUGCCCCUUUGUCAGCGGAACAGGAGUCUACAGAGAAAACCGAGCAGGGUGAGGAAGCACCCAAAGGGGCUAGUGAGACAGAAGAAGAGCCAGGAACUUGGGAGGAAACAUUCAAGACACACACGGACAGCAAGCCCAAUGGUCCAACAUCCGUGGGGCUAGAUUUCUCGUUCCCGGGUGUGGAGAACGUGUAUGGGAUUCCAGAACACGCAGACUACCUCCGGUUGCGAACCACUGAGGGAGGGGACCCAUACCGCCUCUAUAACCUGGAUGUCUUCCAAUACGAACUUUAUAACCCCAUGGCUCUCUAUGGCGCUGUUCCUGUCCUGCUGGCCCAUAAUCCCCAGCGCACUCUGGGCAUCUUUUGGCUCAACGCGGCAGAGACUUGGGUGGACGUCACCUCCAAUACAGCAGGCAAGACUCUGUUUGGGAAGAUGUUGGAUUACAUGCAAGGAGGAGGCGAAACUCCGCAGACAGAUGUUCGCUGGAUGUCUGAGAGCGGGAUCAUAGAUGUGUUUCUCUUGCUGGGCCCUACGCCCAAUGACAUCUUCCGGCAGUAUGCAUCCCUCACAGGAACCCAGGCCCUUCCUCCGCUCUUCGCCCUGGCCUAUCACCAGAGCCGCUGGAACUACAACGACGAGGAGGACGUGAGCACAGUGGACAACGGCUUCGAUGAGCACGACAUUCCGUAUGAUGUCAUCUGGCUGGACAUUGAGCAUGCUGACGGCAAGCGCUAUUUCACCUGGGAUCCCAACAAGUUCCCCCGCCCCCGGGAAAUGCUUCAGGGCCUGGCAGCCAAGAGGCGCAAGAUGGUGAGCAUUGUGGACCCGCACAUCAAGGUGGACAGUGCUUAUCGGAUCCACAACGAGAUUCGCUCCCGGGACUUUUAUGUCAAGACGAAGGACGGCAAUGACUACGAGGGCUGGUGUUGGCCAGGCUCAGCAGGCUACCCGGAUUUCACCAACCCAGAGAUGCGUGCCUGGUGGUCCAGCAUGUUUGGCUACGACCACUAUGAGGGCUCCAUGGAAAACCUCUACACCUGGAACGACAUGAACGAGCCCUCCGUCUUCAACGGCCCCGAAGUGACGAUGCACAAGGAUGCCGUGCACCAAGGGGGCUGGGAGCACCGCGACAUUCACAACCUGUAUGCAUUCUAUGUGCAAAUGGCAACAGCGGAGGGGCAGGUGAAACGCUCGGGAGGCUUGGAGCGUCCGUUUGUGUUGGCUCGCGGCUUCUUUGCCGGCUCACAACGCUACGGGGCUGUGUGGACAGGUGACAACGCAGCGGAGUGGGACCACUUAAAGAUCUCCAUCCCCAUGUGUCUAAGCCUGGCUCUCGUGGGCAUCUCUUUCUGCGGAGCCGACGUGGGUGGCUUCUUCAAAAACCCUGAGCCGGAGCUGCUGGUGCGCUGGUACCAAGCGGGAGCCUACCAGCCUUUCUACCGGGCGCAUGCCCACAUGGACACCACCCGCCGGGAGCCCUGGCUCUUUGGCGAAGAGAACAAGGCCAUGAUCCGGGACGCUGUUCGCCAGCGCUAUGCCCUCCUGCCCUUUUGGUACACCCUCUUCUACCACAGCUACCGCACUGGCCAGCCUGUCAUGAGACCUCUUUGGGUGGAAUAUCCCCAGGACACUACAACAUAUGCCAUUGAUGACCAGUAUCUGCUUGGAGAUGCCUUGCUGGUUCACCCAGUCACGGCUCAGGGGGCCCGAGGUGUGCAGGUCUACUUGCCUGGCAAAGGAGAGGUUUGGUAUGAUGUCCACACUCACCAGAAACUUCAUGCGCCCCAAACCCAUUAUUUAGCAGUUACCAUGAGCAGCAUUCCUGUGUACCAGCGUGGCGGCAGCAUCGUGGCUCGGAAGGAGCGGGUCCGGCGAUCUUCGGACUGCAUGUACAACGACCCUUACACCCUCUACGUGGCCCUGGGCCCCCAGGGCACAGCGCAAGGAGAGCUUUUUGUUGACGACGGGCACACAUUCAACUUCGAGACAAAGGGGCAGUACCUCCACCGCCGCUUCAGUUUCUCUGGCAACACGUUGACAGCAAGCUCCGCAGACCCGAAGGGCAGCUUUGAAACUCCGGCCUGGAUUGAACGGGUGGUGAUCCUGGGAGCUGGGAAGCCAGCGGCAGUGUUCCUCAAACAGAAAGAUGUUGCAGAGUCUCGCCUGGAUUUCACACACGAGGCUGAAACGUCUGUCUUAACCAUCCGGAAACCUGCAGUCAACAUUGGGGCAGACUGGAGCAUUUCCCUGCGAUAAUGCCACGAGGCUGGGCGGGAGGGCGGGCAGAGGGGUUCAGCUGGACAAGAGGGCUAAGGAAACACUCAAGCAGUGUUGGGGAGUUCUGUGGUGCCUCCCCUUUCACGGUCAUGUGGGAAGGGAAGGCUAGGUGCUCCCCACCCUGCAGGGGCUCAAGUCCAACAUCCUGUACCACUCAGGCAUGUCUUGGGAGGGGGCGGUGGCGACGAUUGCUUCCACCCCUUCCCCUCCGAUCCUGGCUUGGACUCUUUCUUUCCCCCCUGCGUGUGGUUCCAUAGAUUAACUUUAGCAAUAUUUGCUGUAGAAUGAAGAAUCUCCGGGUUGGAGUUGGUUGAGACUCUCGUUUCCCCUCUGCCGGGGGUGGUGACUAAGAAAGAUCUCUUCCCUUCUCACCCCACCCCACUCACUGGAGUUGCAAUAUUGGGACCAACCAUUUUGAGGGGCUGGGCCUUUCCAGAGGGGAGGGAUAAUUGAUUUGGUCUCCUCAGUUUCCUAUCCAUCUCCACUUCCCUCUUCAUCUCUCUCUUGCCCAACCAAUUCCCAGCUCCAGUUACUGACCACAAAACGAUUGACCUUGGCAGGGGUUGCCUUUUAACCUUUUCCUUGCCAACAGGUGAAUGUAUGGAGAACUCCCUCUUUCAUUGUUCCCUGCCCCAUGCCGCCACUCGCCAUAAACAACAGGGCAACAUGUACAGCUAGCUCACUUGUGGGGAACCUUUGGCCCGUGAGACAUUGCUGAACUACAACUCCCACCAUCCCUGGUCAUUGGUCAUGCUACGGCUGAUGGAAGUUGUAGUUCAGCAGCAUCAGGUUCCCCACACCUGAACUAGAUCGUGGCCGUUCUCUCCCCAUGCUCUCUUUUACCCACUAGUCCCAAUACUUUCUUAUUUCUCCCCCCCCCCC